GAACUGCGGUCAGAAACUGUGGUUCAAUACUUUUGGCCGCUGAGAAAACCACAUCAGAGACAAGAGGAAGAAAAGAGAACCUGUUGGAUUCUCACCUGAGGAAAAAACGUCGACAACCUGAGGAGGGAAAACAGGGCGAUAAAGACAUUUUGGGGUGAAAAACUUUACAGAGGAAGAGACAACUGAAAUUUCCACAACAACAAAUGGAACAAUAAGUGGAAAUAAACUCUCAAAGAGUUUUUCUUUGGAAAUCCAGCUCCAGGAUAAAUCCAUCAUCAUAUACUUUAUUCUUCAGUCCACAGUCUAGAAAAGGAUUUGUAUUGAAAACCUGGUAAAAAAAUCAAGAGAGAGAGAGAGAAAGAGAGAGAGAGAGAAAUCCCUGCCUGUACAACAACACCUGCUGCUCUCUUUUUACACUGUGGAAACCAGCUCACAGGAGAAGAGAGCGCAAGACCGAGGGAUAGUUGAUUCAGUAGGUGGUUAUAAUCUCUGUUGAGGAGACAACCACCUACCAGCCACUAAUUUCUACCAAAACCUGCCAAAUUAGUGAAGAAUAACCCUAGUUUGAGUGAGCGAGACAGCACACCUUGAAGGAUUUGGGCUUCGUUUUUUUGGACCAAAAAACACAGGUCUGAUCCUCGGACUUUCCAUUUCUGUGAUGAUGGCUUGGCUUCAGAUGUGGACUACAGGGCUUAUGGCCAUCAUGGCCUUGUCCGACUCUCUCGGCAUCUCUGAAGACUCAGGCCUCCCUGUGGUGGAUGACGAGAGGCGAGGACCCGCUGAGAUUGUGAGGAAGGAGUCCCAUCCCGUCCUGUUCAGGCAGAAGAGAGAGUGGAUCUGGAACUCUCUCUAUGUGGAAGAGGAGAAACCUGCACCCAUCCCCUACAAGAUAGGACAGCUGAAGUCAAGUCAGAGAGUGGAGGUGAAGAGGUUUGAAAUAAAAGGCGAAGGAGCAGACGGCAUCUUCACAGUGGAUCACAAAGGAGACCUGUUUGUCAGCAGAUCUCUGGACAGAGAAGAGAAGAGCGCAUACCAUUUGACUGCCCGGAUGUACGAUGGGAACAACAAGGUGAUCGAGGACUCUGGAGACUUUGUCGUCCAGGUGACAGAUAUCAAUGACAACUCCCCCGUUUUCCCCAGAACGUACAAUGGAUCCAUUAUGGAGAGGUCCACGAUAGGAACUAAAGUAGUCGAGGUAAGAGCAACCGAUGCUGAUGACCCCACCACUGCUAACGGAGAGCUCAGGUACACCUUGACCCCAAACGGAGACGUUUCUGCGUUCCAAAUCGACACCGUUACAGGUGUGAUCAGCUGCAAGAUAAGCACUCUGGAUCGGGAAACCAAGAGUCAGUAUGUGUUGGUGGUUCAGGCUCAGGACAUGAGAGGAAUGGCUUCUGGCAGCACAGCCACCACCUCUGUCACCAUCACCAUCACAGACACCAACGACAACAUAGCUUCUUUCACCCGAGGGACGUAUGAACUGCAGGUUCCAGAGAACCACAAGUUGAAUGAGAAGAUCGGCACUCUGGAGUUGGAGGAUAGAGAUCAGAUUCAAAACAAAGAACCCAUCUUCACUAUUCCUGAUGAACAUAAAAAAAUGUUUAACAUUGAUCUCAGCCCCAACAAGGACGGCAACCUCAUGCUCAAACAGGCUCUGGACUAUGAGACAAUGGACAGCUACACCUUCACGGUCAAAGUGAGAGAAAACCUGCGAUUUCCUGCUGACAACGCGGCCAGCGCUGUCACCACAGCCCAGGUAAUCAUCAAGGUGUUGGACGUAGACGAGCCGCCGGUGUUCUCCCAGCCCAUCUACACUUUCAAUGUGGUGGAAGAAAGGCUUGUGAACAACAUAGGGACAAUCACAGCCAGAGAUCCUGACAAAGCCAACAAGAGCAUACGGUAUUCCAUCUUAGACAAGGACUGUCCGAUCACUAUCAACCCGCUCACAGGUCAGCUGUCAACCCUGAGGACGCUAGACAGAGAGCUGGAGGCCACACACAUGUUUCAAGUUAAGGCACAGGAGGAGCCAAGCGGUUUGGAGUCAUUUGUCAAAGUUAACAUUAUAGUUCAGGACAUCAAUGACAACAAGCCUGAACUGUCUGUGGAUGAGAUCUUUUUAUGUGAGAGCGACAAUGCUGGAACGGUGAUUGGGACUUUGAGAGCCACAGAUAAAGACGACCAGCCAGCUUCCUUCAGUUUCAGCCUGGCCAAUCCGAGCUCCAACUUCUCCAUCAAGGACAAUGGCAACAACUCAGCAGACAUCUUAGUGAAACAGGGGCCGUUCAGCCUGGAUGACCCCAGGGAUUACAGCGUGGAUGUAAGCAUCAGUGACGGAGGACGACCCGUCCAGACCAGCGUCACCAAACUAGCAAUCAAGGCAUGUCGUUGUGAUGCCAGGCGAAUUCCUACACAUUGCAAAGCUGUUGCUCAGAGGAUGGGAGUCAGUGUUCAUGCCCUGAUAGCCAUUCUGCUCUGCAUACUGACCAUACUGGUCAUAGUGAUCCUGUUUGUGAUGAGGAAACGCUACCAGAAGGAUUCUCUGGCCAGUAUGAAGAACAGCGGGGAGAUCCACGAGCAGCUGGUCACAUAUGACGAGGAGGGAGGAGGAGAGAUGGACACUAACGGUUACGAUGUCUCCAUCCUCACUUCCGCUUGCCACGAUGGCUCUCUACUCCGCCACCCGGACCGCCAUCCUCACCCCUCUCUCUACGCCAUGGUCCAGAAACCCCCCCAUCAACCCACCGCAUGUAAGGGUGACAUGGCUGUUAUGAUCGAGGUCAAGAAAGGCGAGGCGGACCACGACAGAGACGGCUUCCCCUACGACACUCUGCACAUCUAUGGCUACGAGGGACCAGAGUCCUUAGCUGGCAGCCUCAGCUCUCUGGAAAGUUCCUCCACCGGCUCGAACUUGGAUUACGACUUCCUGAAUGACUGGGGUCCGAGAUUCAAGCCCCUGGCCGAGCUGUACGGGGUGGAUGGGCCUGACCACUACCAUCAAUACUAAUGGAGAUGGUGUCUGCUAAUAAGCAUACAUGAUGCCAACAUACACACACACACACACACACACACAUUCACAUACACACACAGUGCACCAGUGGUCAAAAACAGCCAUAAAAAUGCACUCACACAUUGCCAAAAGCAUGCCAGAAAUAUACACAUUGUCAAAGAAGCAACACCUCGUUUUUAUUCCGUCCAUUUUGUCUCUGGAUAAGGAGCUUCGAUCUAGCGGAUGAAGUCUCCAAACUCUUCUCUAGCAUCUGAAAACAGAAUCAGGGCACUCUUGGUUCCAGUGUAACAACAACUAACUUUUUGUUAUCGAGUGUCAUUCCUGAAUCCAUUAGUUUGUUAAGGAUCCUCAGUCUGUUCACUUAUAGUCAGUAAAUAAAAUGUUCUUCAAACUCCAGGAAGCUCCAUCAAGUCGAAUCAAGGAAGAAGUUUUUGUUUAUGGAGUUCUUUCUCUCUCUUUCUUUUUUUUUGUGAUGACGAGGCAACCUUUGCUUCCUCCAAUGAGAUGUCGGGAAAAUAUUUUAAAACACCAGGACAUGAUGUCAUAGGAGGAAGUGCAGAUUAACUGCUUCAUAAAUGUUCAAGGGGAUUGAUUGUUGUUGUGAUGUUUGACAUCAUAAUCUUUUUUCUCUAGCUGAUAAGAUCCCAGUAAGAUGCUCCCUGCACUACAAGCCGAAGCCAAUCAGAGUUCAUCUUGGAUAACUGAUGAGUUAAUCAGGUCCCUGCUGGCCAGCGAUGUUACUCAGUUGUUCAAAUUCUUUAUGUUCUUUUGCAUUCGAUUCAUGUCUCAGCUUUCACAUGCAGCGCCAUUUUGCAUCCCAUUUGAGUGUUUAAUUGCACAAAGAAUUACAGGUAAAGGUUUUCUCUUUUUUUCUCUUAAAAUUAGUGCUGUGUAAGCACCUAUUCAUCUACAUAUAGAUCUACCAAGUAUGCAUGUCUCUUGUGAGACAUGCAUAUUUGGUAGAUAUAAAUAAACUAAAUAUGGACAUAAAGUUUACAUUUACCGCAAAAAGAACAUUACAGUCCUGACUAAUAUUGAAAGACAUCCUGGGUAUCAUAUUUCAGUCUUGUCAUCUGGAUAUGAGCUCAUUUGCAUAUGCAUUUGCAUUGACUAAAAUUGGAAUUUUAACAUAAAUGGAAGUUAAAAUUUGUUUAGUUGAUUCCUACUGGGGAUGCAAAAUGGAAGUCAAAGCAACUCACGUUGAUUUGAGAUUUUUUUCAUACUCUUUGGUUAUCUUAGGUAUUGACUGCGUGUAAUCUCUUUCAACUUUGAUGUUUUGUUUUGUUUUUUUAAAUAUCUGACAAAGGAGCCACAAGCAUGGCAAGAACGAGGUGAUUUUAUUUUUGAUCUGAAGCUGAUGUAAAUAUGUUGGUUUAUUGUUUGAGGCAAAAACUUUGAGCAGCCACAUGAGUUUUAAAUCAAAGAGGUUUAAAGCGUUGAUGCCAGUUGUGUUUGCUUUAUCUGAAAUACUAAAGAGGGACGUCUUUAAGGAAAGUUCAUCUCUGGAAAACUUAUACUGUUCAUUAGUUUGUGAUGUCCAGUAGGUUAUUUUAUGAGGUGGCCAUUUUCCCUUAAUCUGCGCUGAAUAAUUGUGCUAUAUUUAAAGUAUAUAGCUAGAUUUGCAACAUUUUCCUCAACUCUAUCUGGCCGCAAGUCUUAACAUGAAAUCAGGUGAAACUUGAAAGGUGAAAAAACGUUUCCGUCUUUGUGUUUCCCUGAAACCAACCACUAUGAAUGAGGAGUCAUUUUCUAAGUGAGUCAUUUUGCCAGUUUUCCCAGUCAUCUUCUGCUGUAAGAAGAGAAAAGACAAUGGACAGACAGACAGGAAAUUGCACCGCUGCUGCUCAGACAGAAUUACAGUGUGUUCCGAUGUUUUAUUUGACAGAACCCAUCAUCACACUUAUUGUUGAGAUGAAAGUCAAAUUCUCAGAGGUCUACUAGAACAAAAGUCAUUCAGACAACUCAGGAAACAAAGAGCAACAAGAGCAGCUAGUUGGGCAGCUGAGUGCUGCUACGAUGGCUCUGAGGUGGCUUGAAUAACUUUAACCUCUCAUCCUUUUGCCUACUGUGAGGUCAUAAAUCUCUGAUCUAAAAUUUAGACAAUCCCUAGAAUGUUUUUUGCAGAUUUUCAGAAACAAAUAGCACUGACCAUCAGUAAACACAACUUGAAUUCUCUGAAUCUUGAAAAAAUUUCUUAACUGCAAUUGGUGCCAUUUAACAAUAAGGCAAACUUACAAAGGCUUUAUGAUUUAUCGUAGGUCAAUUGGACUGAUUGGUUGUUGAGGUUUUAAUGGGAAGGUUUAGUUGUAAUUACAUAUCAUAGCACUGUUUAUUUAGUUUCCACUUGAAAGAGCGUAUAGUGCAAAAAUACUGAUAAACAAUACUGUAAGUAUGCAUGGUAUAAACAGGAUAAACCACUUUGAAGCAUACAAUUAUCCAAAAAUAACACUCUUUGGAGCCAUACUCGUCCUCAUCGUGCAUUAUUUUUUGAUAACUGCAAGAGUUUUUGUGAGUUAUCCUCUAUGCAAGUCAUUAAUCAAUACUUUAAAGAUCAGUAAAAAGCAGCAGCAACAUUUCAUGAAUUGCAAGAUUGUUAGCACCCUUUAAAGUGAAAAAUCCCAAUGUUUAGUGCACAGAAUAUCCUCUGCUAACAUUUAAGAUAUUCUAUUUGCCCUUUAAGUAAUCAAGAACCACCACUCCCAUGGACUGUUUGACCCCUGGUCUUCUGGGGAAAUGCUGUAGAGCAUCCAGCCAAAAACUAUUUAUCAAUGGCUCACUAGGUUUUAUAACUACAGUCAUUUUGACUUUUUGUAUAAAUGAAGGCCUUAGAGAAAUGAUGGCUUCUGCGGUUAGAAAUUAAUUUUAAAAUGGCCAUAGAGGUAAAAAGAUCAGUGACAACUUAAAUCAGUUUGCCUGACUGUAAAGUGGCACCCAGGGGCGGAGCUAGAGUCUCAGCACUGAGAAGGUGGAGUAUUCUCAAAGGGCCUUUCUGCUAAAGUCAUUUUUAAAUUCACAACUAUAAAAUAGCUGAUAUAUCCUGUCCUAUUCUUUCCAUAAUCACAGAUUGUCAGUUAUUGAGCCAAGCAAGCAUAUGUCUAAGAAGACAUACAGUGAAGCUAUGUUGUCAGACAGGUUUCCAGUCGCGUUCAAAUGUUUCAGCACCAAGGACAGCACACGGCGAGGACAGCACGCUGUGCUCUAUAUGUAUCAUUUGAUGAACGUUUAAGCACCACUGCCAAUAGACAGCGACCAGUACCAUGUCUUUAUUACACAGGAAUAACAUAAACAUAAAAGAGACAAGGCAAUCUACAACACUACAAGGCCGAUUCAAAAAUAAAAUAGCACGCAAAUAACACGCGGCAAAGUGAGGUUGGAUAGUCUGGCCGUAAAUAGCUCCUGAUGAGCCUCAGACAGCUGAAAUUUCAUCUUGCGAGUUUCAUUCACCACAUACAUAAAAAGACAUGACUAUCUCAUAAUUUACGUUUUCAGCAAAGUUAGUCAUAAACUUUGAAUCACUGCUUCUGCGAUCUUCACUUCCCGUGGAGUCAACGAGCGGACACACAAACAGCGCUACUCCGCCGUUACAACCCACAUUGUGGUCGGAGGGGGGAUUACAUCCGUAGCGAUAAGAACUACCAUAGAGAAUGAAUGGAAGAAGUUAAGAGAGUGCCCCCACAGUCACUCCAUUAAUGCAGUCUAGUUUAUAUAGCAAUAUUUUCACAAAACAUGCACACACACAGUCUCAUGUCUUCAGAGGGACAGUCCCUUUACUUUUAAAUGUACUUUCACUCCAGUUUGGAGAAUUUAGUUUAUUUAUUCUCCUGUUUAUUCUGUUUUGUUUGGACGUGAACUUGUUUCCUUAAAACUCUGGCUUGCUUGGAAUGCCAUUUGAUAAACGGUGGAUACAAUAGCUGGAAGCCUUCUCAAUGCUUUCCUGUUGGGUUCAUAUAUAUACUUAGAGCAGCCUGUUCCUUAACCUCACUCUCAGUCUUUCUCUCCUUCUUCCUUGUUUGCCUCACCAUGUCUCUCCCUCCCUUCUCUAAUCAGCUAAAGCAAACAGUGCAGUCAACUUCCUGUCCAUCUGGGGGUUGUGCCCGCCCCUUCCUGUGUGUGUUAUCUCUCUCUUGAGCCGACACAUUGUGCUCACUUCCCGUUAGCGAGGCAUGGGAAACAACCUUGGAGGGAGGAAAAGGGGGCGAGGCAAGUAGAAACAUGGGAUGAGGUUGGGGGGUUAAGAAGAGACAAAGAUGAAGAGAACAAUGAAGAGCAGUGAUAAGUUUUCCAGCUGAGCAGAACCACUUCAAAACCAAAGACGUGUGUGAUGAAACGCUGAGACACAGCGCACAAGCAAGCGGUGAUAACAUCCUGUUACCCUGGCAUCUUUAUGAAGCAACUAUGAUAAAUUCUUUCUCAGAAAUGUCUGAGACAAAACCUUUGUAGAAUAACAAUAGUUAAAACUUAAAAUUUAUAAUUGGCAACUUCUCACCUUGGUGGCAAAAAGUCAAGAAAAGGAAAAUUAAUAUUCUAAUAUAUGAGGGACUUUUAGCCUCAGUUCGUGCCUCUUAUGUUAUUUGUUUUACAUUUUGGAUAUUUGCACUGAUGGUUACAUUCUAGUCACAAGCAAGCCAUUUUUUAUUCAGAAGGACAAAUGUUAAAUGUCUUGUGACAACACUUGAUACCACUGCUGACAUGUCUGAAGUCCCUAAAAGUCUUUUCUAUGUUGACAGAACAAUAUAAAGUUGUUGUUUUUGGGGGUUUUUUUGCAUUUGUUUGUCUGUUAUUACCAUUAUUUUAGUUAUUUUUAAAAACUGAGUAUGUGCACAACAAAAUCUUUUUUGUUGAAAUCAGCAGCUUGUAACAGACAGCGGCGCUCUGUUAUCUACUUUCCUAACAGCAAUAAUAAGUGAUGGGUGCACUUAGGACGAGAAAGUCUGAGACAUUUUGAGAGACAAUUUCAGCCAACUCUGUUUUCACUCACUCAUUUCAGAGUUCUGCAAACAACAUAUAAAAACACUAUACAUAUACAAUAUGUAAUAUACAUUCCCACCUCAAAUGAAAAGUCAUGAAAAGAAUACAUCAGUCAUUGAACACUUAAAGAUAUGGAGCAUGUGUUCAGUUGAUUUCAACAUACUGUAUUGGAAUAAAGGUUCGUAGUUUACAGCCCAACAACUAAAACAUGUUGAUUUUGGAACAUUUGACGGGCAUUUUCAUGGUAAUCUCUGGUGAUUUAUGCUACCAUUGUUCGUUUCUUUUUUAACUGUUGCUCCAGUAGGAGCAUCAGACAUCUCCAAAAUCUAGUCCAUAACGGUGAUGCCAUUUUGAUUUAUGUUGCCAGCUUUGGUUUUUAAUAUCUAUAUUUAAGUGCCACAUUUGUCUUUAAUAAUAAUUGUUUGUAUUGUUUUUAAUUGUUGGCUACCAGUGGUUGUAUGACGGCAUUUGUCUCCUCUAUCAAAUGGUGAAUCACUUUGGAUCCAAACAGUCACAAUGAAUCUCUCAGGUUGGGAUCCAGGCACUAAAUAAAGUUGUUCACCUUCAUGUCAAGUAAACAAACGCCCCAUGAAUAUCAAUAUAAUACUUUCAAAAACCAGACCUUUAAGUGAUUUAAUUGUAGUUUCAUUUGUGUAUCCCAUGUGUUAUUAAGGGAGUGUACUGAGUGAAAUGUAUAUAGCAAAAAAAAAUGUGCCUAAUUGUGAUUUUUCUCUGGCUUCACCUUGUUUUAUUUUUUACACAUCAUUACUGUAUUUAGAGGAUUUUAAACUUGACACAAUCUCUUUUUAAUGCUGUAAAAAGUAACAAUAGGCUCAUUUUCUAUAAAUGAAAGAGUGGUGUUUGACGCAUGAGUGACUGCCGGAGUGAAUACGUGAUUUUCUGUUUUGUCCACUUGUGUGUGUCUGUGUGCUUGUGAUUGUACCCAUGUACAUACACACAAAUGGGUUUCAAACCAAUAAAAAAAAAUAGCCAACAAGUACAAACAUUUCUUUCUCGUGUAAAUACAGUAAGGGUUGUCAAGGGAGCAUAAUGUGCCUUUAUACUUUCAAAAAAAAAAAAUACUGUAAUUCAUUUUUUGAUGGUGAACACAAUGUUUUCUAUAUUGUUUUUAUGGUGUAUAGCAACUACUUUUUAUUACCUGACAUUUUUGUAAGUGUAGAAUAAAAAUAAACACUCAAAUAUG